UCCAUCUCUCUCCAUCUCUCUCUCUCCGUCGGAGAAACCGAAGCCGAAGCGCGAGGAGGGACGACUGCGAAGGGCCGCCCGAGAGGGAAGACGACGAGCUAGGCGGCGGAGGAAGGAGGGAGGAGGAAGGAGGAGGAUCGGAAGCGAGGGGGGACCGGCGAUACAGGCAAUGGCUCUGAAGCUGAAUCCUCACGUCGCGGCGGCCGCGGCGUCGCCGUCGCGGAAGCUGGCGUCGUUCGCAAUGCCUCCGGUGGCCAACGUCGGCCUCAGAUCUCCCAGGUUCUUCAUGGCCUCCACUCUCCGCUCCGAUUCCAGGGAGGUGGAAAAUAGCAAGAAGCCAUUUAUGCCUCCUAGGGAAGUGCAUGUUCAAGUAACACAUUCCCUGCCACCCCAAAAGAUUGAAAUAUUUAAGUCAAUGGAGGAUUGGGCUGACAAAAACAUCUUGGUUCACCUGAAACCAGUUGAGAAGUGUUGGCAGGCACAGGAUUUUCUACCAGAUCCCGCCUCUGAUGGAUUUGAAGAACAAGUAAGGGAACUGAGGGAGAGGGCAAAGGAAAUUCCUGACGAUUAUUUUGUGGUUUUGGUUGGAGAUAUGGUCACCGAAGAAGCCCUUCCUACUUACCAGACAAUGCUUAAUACUUUGGAUGGGGUUAGAGAUGAAACAGGUGCAAGCCUUACGCCUUGGGCGAUUUGGACAAGGGCAUGGACUGCCGAGGAAAACAGACACGGAGAUCUCCUUAACAAGUACCUUUACCUAUCCGGACGAGUAGACAUGAGGCAAAUCGAGAAGACAAUCCAGUAUUUGAUCGGGUCAGGAAUGGAUCCUAGAACAGAGAACAAUCCUUAUCUUGGCUUUAUCUAUACUUCGUUCCAAGAAAGGGCAACGUUUAUUUCUCAUGGGAACACUGCGAGGCUUGCCAAGGAGCAUGGGGACGUGAAAUUGGCUCAAAUAUGUGGAACGAUUGCCUCUGAUGAGAAGCGCCAUGAGACUGCCUACACCAAGAUAGUGGAAAAGCUGUUUGACAUCGAUCCAAAUGGAACCGUCUCCGCUUUUGCCGACAUGAUGAGGAAGAAGAUUUCUAUGCCGGCCCAUUUGAUGUUCGAUGGUCGUGACGACAAUCUUUUUGAGCACUUUUCGGCUGUUGCACAACGGCUUGGAGUUUAUACGGCAAAAGAUUAUGCCGAUAUUUUGGAGUUCUUGGUGGGCAGAUGGAAGGUGGAGGAGCUAACUGGGCUUUCUGCGGAGGGACGGAAAGCCCAAGAAUAUGUCUGCACUCUGCCUCCAAGAAUUAGAAGACUGGAAGAGAGAGCUCAGGGAAGGGCAAAGGAAGGUUCGAUCGUUCCGUUCAGCUGGAUUUUUGAUAGAAAACUGAAGCUCUAGAGUGGGCAUGUGACCGCCACAAGUUCCAGUUUCGCUCUCUUCCGAUCUCGUCAUUAUAGAAUUAUAAACAGAACCUGUUGGAGUGUCAUGCGUCGUCACAAUCACCGCAAGCCAUUUUGGGAGAAGUCUGGGAGCACCGUGCUAGAUGUAGAAACGGUCAUAUUUCUCUCGUAGGUAAGAGAGAUAAUUUAGCUGUGCCGGCAGCUGUAGUUUUCGAUAUCAUGUUGUGUUAUGUUCUCUUUUCUUCAGGAAAUUCCAUUUAGUCGUGUGCGUAACAGAUCAAUCUGUGCCGAUUUUGAUCAUAUGAUAAAAUUUAAUAACGGGAACUUCCGAGAUUUUUGUA